UCUUCAUUUGGAGAAAGUGGGUUCCAUGGUGUCAUGUCAUUUGAAGCAUAUAAUUCUUUCUACUAAUACUCGGUGAAUGUCAAGGAACUGCCAUUACAAUGGCUUUGGGAAAAACCAUAUACGUUGCAGCUUUAAUUUCAUCUUUUGUGUACGCUGUGGCAGUGAACAAUGCCGAAUUCACCAGGAAAGCAUUUCCAUCAGAGUUCUUAUUUGGCGUGGCCUCUUCUGCUUAUCAGUAUGAGGGAGCUUAUGCUGAAGAUGGAAAAGGCCUCAGCAAUUGGGAUUGGUUUUCCCACAUCUCUGGAAAUAUUGCGGAUGGAAAAAACGGGGAUGUUGCAAUCGAUGAAUAUCAUCGCUAUAAAGAACAUGUGGAACUAAUGUCCGAGAUGGGAGUAGACGUAUACAGGUUCUCCAUUGCUUGGUCACGUAUUUUUCCUGAGGGUACUGGAGAAAUCAAUGAAAAGGGAGUUAGAUAUUAUAAUGAUCUCAUAAAUGAGCUUCUCAAUAAAGGAAUGCAGCCAUUCGUCACACUGUGUCACUAUGACAUUCCUCAGGCCUUGGAAGACCAAUACGGCAGUUGGCUAAAUCAACGCAUUGCAGAUGAUUUUGCUCGGUAUGCAGAAGCAUGUUUUGAAAUGUUUGGAGACAGAGUGAAAUACUGGACUACUUUCAAUGAGCCCAAUGUCUUCAUACCUGUGGGAUAUGAAACAGGGAGCUAUCCUCCACAAAGAUGCUCUGCUUCCUUGUGGAAUUGCAGUGCUGGCAACUCUUCAACAGAGCCUUACAUUGCUGGCCAUAACCUGUUGCGUGCUCAUGCUUAUGCUGUGGAUGUCUACAGAAGAAAAUUCCAGGCUGAUCAAGGAGGUUUCAUUGGAAUAGUCAUCUCAACCUUAUGGUUCGAACCACUCACAAAUUCCUCAGAAGACCUUGAAGCCAAGGACAGAAUUCAUGCUUUCCAUAAUGCUUGGUAUUUGGAUCCCAUAGUGUUGGGAGAAUACCCAACAAUUAUGCACAAAUUUUUGGGCACACGGCUGCCCACUAUCACAGAGGAUCUGCGCCAUAAACUUCGAGGCUCAUUCGAUUUCAUUGGUUUAAAUUACUACAGUGCAUUGUAUGCAACAAGUGCUUCAUAUCUAGAGAAUUCUCCCCCACGCAAUAUUUACAGAGAUUCCUUAACCACCCUUACAGAAGAAAGAGAUGGCAUUCCCAUUGGAAACCAGAUGUACCCACCAAGUAUGAUUUGCGUACCUUACGGAAUUGAAAAGAUGGUAAAUUAUGUGAAGACUAGAUAUUCCAAUCCACUUCUAUUUCUAUCAGAAAAUGGUUUCGGCAACAAGGGGAAUGACAACCUUCCUCUCUUGCAGAAAUUGAACGAUACAUUUAGAGUGGAAUGCAUCCAAAAUGCUCUCAAAUAUUUGGAAAAAUCAAUCAGGCAGGGAGCAGAUGUGAGAGGAUACUUUGUUUGGUCUUUGCUAGAUAACUUCGAAUGGGUGUUUGGAUACACCUCCAAAUUUGGUAUGUACCAUAUUGAUUUUACUGAUGGACUACAACGCUAUCCCAAGUUAUCAGCCUACUGGUAUCGUAAUUUCUUGCAAGGAAAGAGUGAAAGCCAUACAGAGGAAUUCUUGACAGAUUUUACAAAGAAACAUGCAGGAAAUCUCAACCCCAUCACAGCAGAAGCCUAAGAAUGCUGCUGAAGUUCUGACUUUUAUACUUAAUCUGUAUGCUUUUAUUUAUGUCAGGUUAUAAUCUUGAUUUGACAGUACUUUUUUGUAUAUAGCUAAUAUCCUUUACAAAGGAAAGUCUGAUAUUUAUAAAUGUAUAUUAAGUGUUUUAAAUGAAUAAAAUUAAUAGUUAUAUGUA